AUGAUCCCGCAGUUCUGGGCCUACUGUCUUUUCUCACUGUUCCUGGUCGGCUUCGCUCAGCCGACCCCGAAGCAGCAACAGAUGAAGAUGGAUUGCUAUAAGGGGGUGACAGGCACCAUCUAUAAGUAUGGAGCCCUCACCCUCAAUGGCGAGGAGUAUAUCCAGUUCAAGCAGUAUGCGGGCAAGCAUGUCCUCUUUGUCAAUGUGGCCACCUAUUGAGGCUUGGCAGCUCAGUAUCCUGUUGUGGUGGCCAUUAUUAUCCAUCCUUUUCUUAAUUUGGAUCCUCUCAGGAACACUCUGGUUCAUUGCAGGUAUGUAUGUCCAGGUGGUGGCUUUGUUCCCAAUUUUCAGCUCUUUGAGAAAGGGGAUGUGAAUGGAGAAAAAGAACAGAAGCUCUUUAGCUUCCUGAAGAACUCUUGCCCUCCAACGUCUGAUUUUUUUGGCUCAUCAAGCCAACUCUUCUGGGAGCCCAUGAAGGUCCAUGACAUCCGCUGGAACUUUGAGAAGUUCCUGGUGGAGCCUGAUGGAGUCCCUGUCAUGUGCUGGUUCCACCGGGCUUCCAUCAGCACAGUCAAGUCAGACAUCCUGGAGUACAUGAAGCAGUUCAAAAGCAAAUAG